GGCGUCGCUUGGUCUCGCCUUCCGGGACUGUAGGUCGAGAUAUUUUUAACCAGCCCAGAACUUUCUAACAGAACUAUGACGAGCCGGUUAGGGCAAAAGACACGCGAGGAAACGCGAGACGGAAUGAACCUUGAGGACGCGAAAGGAAGAAACUGCGCGAGUUUGUUUACCUCAAGUUUGAAGUGUAACUCAGAUCUCAUGCCAGAGGUGGACGAAGUACACAGAUCAUGUACUUGAGUUAAAGUAGAGACACCCAAGCUCCAGAAUGACUGAGGCUGUGGACCGACUGCGUCUGCUUCAGUUUGUGCUGAUCCAAGCCCUGCUUCUCACAGGCUGCUCCAGUGAAAGUGACAGAAAUUAUGUUGAAUGUCAGAACAUAACUGGAACAGUUGGGAAACCAUUAACUCUGACCUGCAAUAUUACACGUGAUCCAAGCUGCAGCUGUACUCAAUACAAAUGGAUAAAGAAUGGAAUUGAGCUGAAAAGUGACACUGAUUGUGACGGGAAUCCCACAGUUAAUUACACAAUUCAGAAUCCAUCCAUGAAAGACAGCGGGACAUUUAGACUUUGGGUACAACUGACAUGUACAUCUAUUAAAGGGGAUCUCAGUGUGAUGUUAUCAGAGGAGGUCACUCCUGCACCACCAGAGGAGGUCACUACUAUACCACCAGAUUUCUUCGCUACUGCACCAGAAAUAAUUGCAUGUUUUGGCAUCAGCACCAGCACCAGCACCAGUCCUCAUUAUCGUAUAGAUAUCCUUUUUUUGGCCCUCCUGAGUAUCUUAGCCCUCAUUGGUUUGGUAGUUAUCUUCAGAAAGUAUAUUACAAAGGUUUUUCAGAGACUGUUCCAAGAGAGGCUGAACCUUGAACUCUUCAAGAAACAAAUCAUAUCGCAGGGAAUAGUGUGACAAGCUGUCUCACUAGUGCUAAUCAGUCAGUCAGAGACGAUAAACUGGGGUCAGUUUAAUGUGCACAUUAACACUGAACAAGUUUCCAGUAGUGCACCACUGUAAACCUGCUCAGUGUUAAGUGUUAAUUAAUUAAAUAUAAUUAUAUUUAAUUACUUAACACUGAUUAUAUAACAAUGUAUAUGUAUAUAUCUCGCUGAAAACCUUGUA